CCUGUUGCAAUCAUGUGUGCAGUGCAUGCAAGGAGCAACAGUACAAAAAAGAAAACAAUCGUAAACAGCACAACCGGGAGCUGAAAAUUACCUUAAAUUACAGGAAAUACUUGUAAUUCUAUGGAGCUGCUAGUCCAGCAAAUUCAAAAGGGAUAUCACACAGCCAGUAGAAUCCCAGUUCGUAAAAUAUAUAUCGAUGAGGAUCCGGCCAAGGAGCAGGCGAUCCCAUGCCCUCGUUGUUUAGAUCGCAAUAAACAAAACAUGAUGCGUUAUCUGUUUCUCAACUUAAAUGAAGCUAUAUACAAGUGUGAAGCAAAUGACUGCAUGUAUCCCUUCCGAAAUUUUAAGUUUAAAAAUUUCGAGGAAAGUACUGUGUACCAUUAUCAACGACAGUCACCAGAUAUCAGCUUUGGGAAUAACUUUUCCAGCGAGUGCUAUAGUUACGAAAACUCAAUGGACAAUGUUGCAGCAAUUGAUUUCAGCUUAGACUUUUUAGCUGGUAAUAAUGGGGGCACUGAACUGCAGCCGCAAAGCCCAACGCCUGCUGAACCAACAUCAUCACAAUGCUUACCUGCAGCAUCCGAUUAUGCAAAUCUUUCAACAAGCUUCGAUACAGGAUUUAUUGACGAUAUGUUACAAGAUCUGUUUCCUUCGACGGUGAACCCUUCACUGAAAGUGAACGAUGUUCUGGACCAAAAAAUCGAUCCGAUCGUGCCCAUUCAAGCUGCGCCGGCAUGUACUGAAGAUGUAACAGUUGCUUUACCAUGUAAUGCGGUUGAGCAAUCUACAAAAUUAAUCGGGCGGAAGCUCGAAAAAUGCUUAAAAGUAUUUGAUAAACCCUCCAACACUAGUGAAGAAGAGCUGUUCAAAAAACCAAAAUCACCGGAAAGCAACAGCCUUGUUGUGGAACACAUUACUCCCACAAAACUAAGGAUAAAGAACAUUGGAGGUUCGAUGACGAAAACCAAAAUCAACACAACCGUCACGAAAGGUAGUAAGCACAAGAAAAGCAAAACAGCGGUAUUGUCGAUUGGUUUGCCAUCGCAUAGCGGUAGCCUGGCAUUGAAGCAAGCGAGAGCGCUAGUAAAAAAUAAGAAAAUAAAACCGCUAGAAUUUGUGAGUACACUAAACACUCUAGUGCAACGAAAGAAUGUCGAAGAGCCGACAGAGUGCCAACCAACGGUGAAGAAAAGUCCCAAUUGCGCCAAAGUACAAAAGAUGCUCAACUUCAUACAACGCAGUAUGAAAACGAGCGAAAGAAAAGGUUGCCCCCUAUCACCGGCUGGAGCAUUGUCCGAUAACGAAGAAAGUAGUAGGAAUUACGAUGGCAACUUAGAUCCCCCAGAUCGUUGGCGGGGUCUUUCGCAUCUAGCAACACAUAAAACUAUUCUGCAAUCAAUGGCUCGAUGCCAACAGAGGAAAGAAUGAGGUUGAUCAGACAUAGCAUUACUUGUCAUAGGUUCCUAUGUUUAAGCAUAAAAAAACUAAUACACGAUAAUGAUAUAAAUGUGUGUUUAACAUAAGCGUGUGUGUGUGUGUGUGUACUGGCCGUACCACACCAAUGGUAGCUAAAUUAUGUUCGAAAUAAGUUAUAAAAGAGAAACGGAGAAGAACGUCAUGGUCGGAUGCUAUGUACAAUACUACAAUGACGGUGGAUAAUGGAUAUCAUUUUGCAUUUGCGUAGUUUCUUUCUUAGUAAACAGCAAAAAUAAUAUACUUUGAAGAAUAUGUUGCAAGUAAAAGAAUUAAUUCAGCACUUUAAGCAUAACGAAUCGAGCUGGGAGCUUUAGCUUUAGAAGGACAAAUGUCCCAUUGGAUAAGGCUUGCUGUUAAUAUUAAGCAUUCAUUACUCGUCUGUGGUCAGAUGCAAUCGUUCGGCAAAGUAUUCUUCGCGAGCGACACCAAUAAUUGCACAGGCAAUGCAGUUGCCAGA